CUGAUCCGUAAUAUAACCUGAUAUAACCUAAAAUUGAAACGGCGUAAGCGAGAGGAAGUAUAUGUGCUCACGUGUUCUGUAUGCAUAACGUUAACUAAUUUUUUGUAUGAAGAAAGUUUCUAUCUUUGCUUAUUUUAAAAACUUAUAAAUAUUGCAAAAAUAAUGUUGCGAAAUAUUUGUCGAAAAGUAAUUUCAAUACAGAAAUCCUAGACACGUGUCGGUGUUUAGAUUUUAGGAAAGCGAAAGAAUAAAAAGGCGCCGAUAUAUCGUCCGUGAUGGACGAUACCGUGAAACAUAAAACACAUAGGGACCGCAAUGCGGGCCGCAAAGCAGAAAAGAAGAAAGCCAAGAAGGAACAUGUCCAGGAGCUGUCGGAUAAACAGAAGAAUCCAAAAGCUUUUACAUUUCACUCCGCAACUAAAGCGGAAAGGCGGUUUAGACGGAGACAAGACAUUGAGACCAAGAAGCAACACAUUCCCUUGGUCGACAGAACACCCUUGGAGCCACCGCCAGUCUUGGUGGCUGUAGUAGGUCCGCCGAAAGUGGGAAAGUCGCUUGUCAUUCAAUGCCUAAUCAAGAGCUAUGUUAAACAGCCAUUGACCAAUAUACUUGGCCCUGUCACUGUUGUGUCAGGCAAGAAGCGAAGGAUCACUUUCAUGGAAUGCAAUAAUGAUAUUAACAGCAUGAUCGACGUCGCCAAAGUGGCGGACUUAGUGUUAUUGCUAGUGGAUGCCUCUUUUGGCUUCGAGAUGGAGAUAUUUGAGUUUCUGAAUAUAUGUCAGGUGCAUGGUAUGCCGAGAAUCAUGGGCGUUCUCACUCAUCUGGAUUUGAUAAAGAACGCGAGGAAAAUGAGGAAGAUCAAAAAGACGUUAAAGCAUCGCUUUUGGACGGAGGUAUAUGCCGGUGCAAAAUUGUUUUACCUCUCUGGACUGCUGCACGACGAAUAUCUACGUACAGAGAUAAAGAAUCUGGCGCGAUUCAUAUCAGUCAUGAAGUUCAGGCCUCUGACUUGGCGAACUACUCAUCCUUACAUACUCGCUGAUAGACUGGAGGAUCUGACACCUCCGGAUGUGAUCAGGAAGAACCCAAAGGUUGACAGAAAUGUCAGCUUGUAUGGAUACGUUAGAGGAAUACCACUGAACAAGGACACGUCUGUCCAUAUACCUGGUUGUGGAGAUAUUAAGAUCAAGGAUGUGAACUUUCUACCAGAUCCCUGUCCGCUUCCAGAGCAGAUUAAAAAGCGAGCCCUGGUAGAAAAGGAACGACUGAUUUAUGCGCCGUUUUCCGGCGUCGGUGGCAUAGUUUAUGAUAAAGACGCCGUUUACGUGGAGCUGGGCGGUAGUCACUCCUACAAGGAGGAGGAUACAGGUUUGGCUAGCGCUUUGAGGGAUACACAGGAGACGCUAGACCAGAAAUUACAGCACAGCGAACUAAAGCUGUUCAGCGACGCCGCACCGAUAAAAUCACAGGACGUGAACGACAGUAUGAUUUCUUAUACGGGCGAAUUGGUGACGGAAAAUGGAAGAAUUCGACGAAAAGUAAUAUUUAAAGACGAAGCGGAUGCAGAAAAUAUUUUGAACAAGGAUGACGACGAUAAUUCGGCAAAACAUAAAAACGAAGAUGACGAAGAUGAAGAAGAUGACGAAAAUAACGAAGAUGACAGUGACGACGAUGAUUGCAACAUGGAUGAAGAUGAAUCAAGCGACGAAGAGACUUCGGAAAAAUCUGAUGGAAAAGGCCUCAAAAGAAAAAAUAUUGAGGAAGGCAAUGAACAAAAGAAAAGAAAAAGAGACUCAGUUAAUUCAACUAUCGAAAAUGACGAUGAUACAGAUCUGGACGAGCCCGAGUUGAAUAAUAAGAACAUGAAUGGUCCUCAAGAAAGUGCAGGAGUAUAUCAUUCUCUGAGUAAAGAAUCAGAUAAACUGAUAAAAAAUAAGAUCUCGGAGGCACUAAGUCUUUUAGAAACGACAAGAACAAACGUGAAGCAGGACAUUGACGACGAGAGCUUCGACGAGCUCAGCGACGAAGACUCACGCGCAGGAUUAGAGAUGGAUGGAGCGGAUCAGUUUAGCGAUUUCGAAGACAAUGGAUCUGAAGGAGAUGAGGGAGAAGAGAAAAAAGAUAUCAAGAUGGACGAGAGCGAAGAGGAAGUCGCCGAUGAAUUCAAGUGGAAGAGGAAUUUAACCGAGAAGGCGAGGGAGGCCUUUGUAGAUCGUCAACGAAGCACCAAGAAUUUGAUGAAGAUGGUUUACGGAAUAUUCGACAAAAACAAUGCGAUGGAAGAGAAAGAAGACAAGGAGGACGAGAAGCCUGGCGAAGAUAUUGGCGGAAUAUUUCGCGUGGUGCAAGAACAGCAGAAACAGAAGAUACAUGAGCGAGAGCUGCAAAAUCAGGAAGAGACCGUUUUUUUCUCAACGGAGAGUCCGCGCAAUUGGCUAGAGGAUGAAAACAAGGCAUUGCUGAUAAACCAUUUUGUGACAGGUAAAUGGAAGGAAUCGGAGGACGCCGAGGAGCUCUUGAAAUUGGACGACGAGGAACUAUAUGGCGAUUUCGAGGAUCUGGAGACUGGAGAGAAAUACAAAGCGGAAGAUGCGUCUCCCAAAGAGUUGCCAGCAGACGAGGUGGAGGAGAAGAAGAAGCUCUUGGAAAAAAAGAAGAAACUGAAGGAGCAAUUCGACGCGGAAUACGACAAUACAGAAAAAAAUUCGUACUACGACGAGCUAAAAGCCGAGGUAGAAAGGCAAGCAGGCAUCAACAAGUCGGAAUUCGAAGGGCUGGACGACGAUGUCAGAGUCCAGUUGGAAGGCUAUCGUCCCGGCAUGUACGUGCGUGUGGAACUCGAGGCAGUGCCAUGCGAGCUAGUAACGCAUCUCGACCCGACGUAUCCAAUCAUUAUCGGUGGUCUGUUGUACGGCGAGGAGAAUAUUGGUUACGUGCAGACACGGAUCAAGAAGCACCGAUGGUAUUCGAAGAUCCUGAAGAGUCGCGAUCCGCUCAUAUUCUCCAUAGGUUGGCGUAGAUUUCAGUCACUGCCGAUUUACUCUAAACUGGAGGACAAUCUGCGUCAUCGGAUGCUGAAGUACACACCGGAGCAUGUGGCGUGUAUGGGCCAUUUUUGGGGGCCGAUCACUCCACAGGGUACCGGAGUUUUAGCGGUGCAAGAUGUCGCGACCAGGGAACCGGGUUUCCGCGUCGUGGCAACCGGCUCAAUUGUGGAAUUAGACAAAAGCACGCAAGUGGUGAAGAAGCUCAAACUCACUGGUGUGCCAAUGAAGAUCUAUCGCAAAACCGCAUUCAUCAAGGAUAUGUUUAAUAGCUCUCUCGAGGUCGCCAAGUUUGAGGGUGCCCGAAUCAAGACGGUCUCGGGUAUUCGCGGUCAAAUAAAAAAAGCGAUUGCCAAACCGGAGGGCUGCUUCCGUGCCACGUUCGAAGACAAGAUAAUGUUAAGCGACAUAGUAUUCUGCAGGACGUGGUACAAGGUCGAUGUGCCGCGUUUCUACAACCCGGUGACGUCAUUGUUGCUACCGCCCGCGGAGAAGAAUCAGUGGCGCGGUAUGAAGACUACGGGCCAAUUGAAGAGAGAGAAAAAUAUUCGCGCUGAAGCCAACAAGGACUCGAUAUAUACGCCGAUUGAGCGAGAUGUCAAGGUAUUCAGGCCGUUGGUUAUUCCACGCAAGUUACAGAAGGAACUUCCAUACAGAGACAAGCCCAAACUCAAGUGUUUACCGCAUAUGCGCAAACCUAAGUUCGCGCAAAGUAGAGUCGCUGUAGUGCGCGAACCCCAAGAAGAGAGAAUCGCGCGCAUGAUGAAGAUGAUUAGAACGAAUUAUGCGCAAAAACAGAAACGGGAGAAGAACGCCAUGACGAAGAGAAUAACGGAGUACCAGGCGCGAGUUGCGGAGGAGGAAGCCAAGAAGAUGAAGAAGCAAAAGCAAGUGAAGAAGGAAAUCUUUAGGGAUCUUAGUAAACUGGAAAAGAAAAAAAGUCGGUGAGGUUUCUGAGAUAGAAUAUGAAUAAAUUAAUAUUUGAAAAUUGAGAAAAUGUAAAUUUUUUCAUAUACAGAUGUACAAAAAACUGCUCAGAAAGUUGAAAAGAAUAUAUAUACUUAAUCGGAAUGUUGCGUUUAUUGAAAACGUUUGCACAUAAGUUACAAUAAUUAUCAUAUAUUAUCAAAUAUAUUAGUCCAUAAAAAAUAUAAUAACAAUGUUAGCCGCGGCGUUUUUACAAUAUAGCUUGCGAUCCACGCCACGAUGUGAUAGUAUGAUGGCCUGUCGAAUAAUUAUCUCCACCCUGAAAAAUCGCAUGAAUCCAAAACACAUUAUGGCAUUCGUUUUAAUGCCAGUUGUAUAAUAUCCGUUAAAUAGAAAUACAGAACAUUUACGUAAUUCAAUAUAUAUAUAAUAUAUGAACAUUUACGUAAUUCAAUGUAUAUAUAAUAUGGUUUAUAAUAAACAUUUAAUUAUGUAUUUUGUUUAAA